GUCACAUGAGGGGGCUGGCUCCAGUCACGGUGGCCCCGGAUACUAUUCUUAGCUGGAGGAAUGUACACAGUGGCCUCAUGGCGAGCUCCACAGCGCCUAACUGGAAAGCCUUGUCGUUUCUCUGUGUCAUGUUCCCCUUUUCUCCCUGACUACGCUAUUCACUCUCCCUCUGGAUAAUGUUUUGGCCUUCUUUUGUUUGGGACUGAUACUUUUAACACUAGACCGAGCAGACAUUUUGGAUAUUAUUGGUUGUCUGAGAGCAGAAGAAUGGCCUUAAUACCACGGGAGGUUUUCUCUUUCAAAGACACAGAACUUUCCUCCCACCUACUUGUCCAGCUCAAUAUCCUCCGGCAGGAGCGUAUCCUGACGGACGUCCUGCUCUGCACGGAGCACCAGGAGAUCCCAUGCCACAGGAACGUCCUGGUGUCCAGCAGCCCAUACUUCCGGGCGAUGUUCUGCAGCAACUUUCUGGAGAGCAGUCAGGCCCGAGUGAACCUCAAGGGAAUCUCUUCAAAUGUCCUCGUUGGCAUCAUGGACUAUGUCUACACAGGCUGCAUCACUAUCACCAUGGAGAUUGUGCUGCCGCUCAUGCAGGCAGCCUCCAUGCUUCACUACGGAAAUCUCUUCGAGGCCUGUUCUAUGUUCCUCCAGGAGCAGCUGAGUCCAGAAAACUGCCUGAGCAUGAUACGACUCUCUGAGAUCCUUCACUGUGAGAGUUUGAGGGAGAGGGCAAAGGAGAUGGCUGUCAGGUGUUUCUCUGACGUAGCCGCCACCGAGGACUUCUGUGAGCUGUCUCUUCCCGAGCUCAUGUGUUACCUUGAAGAUGACCGACUUUGUGCUGAGGAGGAGCAAGUGUUUGAGACCCUCCUGGCGUGGAUCCACCACGACCCUUUCUCACGGCGUGGUGCCAUCCAUGAUCUCUUCAAGAAAGUCCGUCUUCGCUACAUCCAUCCGACUUACCUCUUCCAGUUCAUUGCCAACGACCCACUGGUGCAGUCCUCCACCCUAUGCACCGAGAUCAUCGAGUCAGUGCGACGCCUCAUGCUGACAGUCAGCACCAAGUGUAGCCGAGAACUUAAGCCGCUUUGGACCACACCGCGGCGUUACACCUGCAGCGAAACACUGGUGGUUGUUGGAGGACGCAAAAACAAUGAACAGACCUCCAGAGAGGCCUUAUUAUAUGAUGAAAGGACUCAUCGCUGGCAGUGGUUGGCCAAGCUCCCUCUGCGCCUCUACAAAGCUGCAUAUGUGUGCAUUCACAGCAUCCUCUAUGUGGUCGGCGGGCUCAGCCUGUGCAUGACAUCGGGCGACAGCUCGGUCAGCGCCACAGUUUACACACUCUCCCUGAAGACCAACCAGUGGCGGACUGCGGAGCCUAUGCUGGAGCCAAGAUAUGCCCACCAAAGUGUGUCCUAUCUGCACUUUAUUUUUGUGUUGGGAGGCAUUGGCGUUGACAAGAAGAUCUCUCAGUCUGUUGAGCGAUACAACAGUAUGUUUAAUCAAUGGGAGGCCAUGGCGGCGAUGCCCACAGCGGUGCUGCAUCCAGCUGUUGCUGCCAGUGAUCAGAGGAUCUACGUUUUCGGAGGGGAGGACGCAAUGCAGAAUCCAGUCAGGCUGAUUCAGGUCUAUCACAUCGCUCGUGACUUGUGGUCCAGCCUAGAAACCAGGACGGUGAAAAACGUGUGUGCUCCUGCUGCUGUCAUCGAAGACAAGAUUUACAUCAUAGGAGGAUACACCCGGCGAAUGAUUGCCUACGACACCAAAGCCAACAAAUUUGUCAAGUGUGAGAACCUAACGGAGCGGCGGAUGCAUCACAGCGCCACGGUGAUCAACAACAAGCUCUUUGUCACCGGCGGACGGAUCCUCAACGGCCACGAUGUCAUCGAGGACUCCGACUGCUUCGAGUGUUACGACCCCAAGGCAGACGUUUGGACCUCCAAAGGAUCUUUACCGUACAAGCUAUUCGACCACGGCUCCCUACCGCUAGUCUGCGUUUCCAACAGACGCAACCCACCCUGACCCCCCCCCUAUCCAAACUGCCACUUGGGCAAAUGUUUCGCAGCAUUUUCUUCACUCUUUGCCAUGAGUUAUUGUCAUAAAGCACUCAGACUGCUUCGAGUGUUGAGUCUCCAAGACGGACGUUUGGACCUCGAAGUGCAACUGGGCAGCAUGUUAGGCCAGUCUGACUUCCAUGUGAAGGGAAGCUCAGCUGAUGGGCAGAAGUGUCAUCCCCACGGCACCUGGGGUAGGAGUGAAGUUAUGGACCCAUGAGAUGACCAGAGGCAGACGUGCUUACACAACAAACAGCUGUCCAGACACAUACCUAAUCCAAAAACCUCUUUCCACAGAUGGUAACUAAACGUGUUAAUCCUUAAACUAUUGGAUAUUUAUACACAGCGUAUCACUGCCUACCAGCUGCUGGUGAUUUCCCUUUAAUAAUUUAAUACAUUUUAAAUACAUGUAUAAUAUGUCUGGUGGAUUGUUGACUUAAAAAAAAACGGAAAAUUACUGAUCAGACAACUAAUAUAAUUUGCUCUUCAGAGAAAAUACAUUCCUCUUUUACCCAUAUGUUUAUAUUGGAGUGCACUAGCUGAAAAGUGAUGAAUUGUGACAGAAUACAGACAAGCUGCUAAUGCACUACUAGUUUAUUUGCUCAAGCGUCAAUCAGAACCCAAUUUUACAAUAACAUAUUUUUUCUGGGCCAACGUCAUGACUUCAUGAAUUGUUCCUGCAACCCCCAAUGGAGCAUGCUCCAUACUGUCUCAUGGAAGUUUUCACUGGCAACAUAUGUAGUGUAUGUCAUAAUAAAUAGAACAAAACAAUGUUUUAGACUUGCCAAAGCACUGUAAUUAUUUUAGUAUUUCAGUGGCCUUUCACUUCACACUUGUUAGAUAAAUAAAUGGUUUCACAGAAACCUCUGUUGGUAUGAGGACAUGCUGCUUUUAAGCGGGGAUGCAGUGGCCUGCUAAGGGGGGAUUUCAGUGUUUGCGGCCUGUACAACAGACUUAUGUUCACAUGUAGCCGGCAGGAGGUUUCUCACAAACACUAUUGUGUGAUUUGCAAUGAACCUUCUGUUCAUCUGAGAACAAAAACUGUAAUGUACCAGAGGAUGUUAGACGAUGAGACUGUGGAGCCUUUUACUCUUUUACUGUUACUUCUGUCCUGGCUUUGUAACCCUCUUGACCCUCACGGAGCAUACGCUCAUUGCCGUGGUCCAGCUCCAGCCACUGGUAACAGUUGCCAUGGCAACUCUGGUAUUACCCUAUUUGAUCAUCUACAGCAUGCCUCCACGUCUCGAAGACUGCAUCACUGAUCAAGUUUUCUUGAACAAUGUAGUACUUUUCUUUUUUUAAUGUUUUAUUUCCUACUGGACUAUAUGCUUGUAAUUGGAAUAUUGAUUUACCUGUUCCUCUAUGAAGGAACACUGUUAUUUGUACCUAUUUAUGUGGUGAUACUGCAAAGAUCAUUUCUAAUUUAUUACUUUGGCUUUCCCGGCACAAGACAGUAAAUCUGUUUUUGAAAAGCGGUACAAACGUUGUUAUUGUUGAACUAAGCCAUCUUUAGGUGAACUUGGUACAGAAAUAAAUGGUUUUCAAUCUGCCUGUGGAAUGACUGAGUCAUGUUUACAUACUCGUCCUCAAGGGAACAUUGUGGACACGGAAAUGAAACGUACUCGCUGGCUAACAGUUGACACAGUUCUUCUCCAUUCUUCAGUUAACACAGUUGGAACAAAUACAUUGCAUUAUGUUUCACUUUGGCAAUAUUUAUUAGAAACUGUAAUAGAAU